AUGAGGUGCACAGGCUCCAGUGAGGGGAAAGAUUCCCAAAGGAAAGUUCCAGUGAAUGUGAGGAUUCUUGAGAGUCAGGAGGAAAACCAUGAGAAACAUUUAAUACAGGAGGUUGUCACUCAGAAGAAAUCUUCUGGGGAGGGAAGUUACCAGUGUGAUGAAUUUGGGAGAAGUUUUAGUCAAAGAUCAUUACUUACUCAACAGCAAGGAGAGAGACUACAUAACUGUGAUUCAUUUAAAAAGAACUUAAAACAAAAUUCAGAUCUAAUGAGGCACGAGAAAAUUUGUGCAGAGAAGAAACCUUGGAAGUGUAAUGAGUGUGAGAAAGCCUUUAGUUACUACUCAGCUUUUGUCUUGCAUCAGAGAAUUCACACAGGAGAAAAGCCCUACGAAUGUAACGAAUGUGGUAAAGCUUUUAGCCAGAGCAUACACCUUACUCUACACCAGAGAAUUCAUACUGGAGAGAAACCCUACGAAUGUCAUGAAUGUGGGAAAGCCUUCAGUCACCGCUCUGCCCUUAUUCGGCAUCAUAUCAUCCAUACUGGAGAGAAGCCCUAUGAAUGCAAUGAAUGUGGGAAGGCCUUUAAUCAGAGCUCGUACCUCACUCAACAUCAGCGAAUUCAUACUGGAGAGAAACCUUAUGAGUGUAACGAAUGUGGGAAGGCCUUUAGCCAAAGCACAUUCCUUACCCAGCAUCAGGUCAUUCACACUGGAGAGAAACCCUAUAAGUGUAAUGAAUGUGGGAAAGCCUUUAGUGAUCGAUCAGGCCUUAUUCAGCACCAGAGAACUCAUACUGGGGAGAGGCCUUAUGAGUGUAAUGAGUGUGGGAAAGCCUUUGGCUACUGUUCAGCCCUGACUCAACACCAGAGAACUCACACUGGGGAGAAACCCUAUAAAUGCAAUGAUUGUGCCAAAGCCUUCAGUGACCGCUCAGCCCUUAUUCGUCAUCAGAGAACACACACUGGAGAGAAACCUUAUAAGUGUAAGGACUGUGGAAAAGCUUUCAGCCAGAGCUCAUCUCUUACAAAGCAUCAGAAAACUCACACUGGAGAAAAGCCCUAUAGAUGUAAGGAAUGUGGAAAAGCUUUCAGCCAGAGUUCAUCCCUUUCUCAACAUCAGAAAACCCAUGCUGGAGGGAAAACCAAAGAAUACGGAAAAGCGUUUAGUGAGCAUUCAGCCUUUGGCCAGCAAAAGAGAAUUCAUACUGGAUAAAGACUAUGUAAAUGUGGUACAUUCAGAACAUAUUUAUCGAACAAUUACUAAACGUGGUGUGAGGGCUACAAAGGAAUUUCAGAGUGUGUUACAGAAAAGACAUUAAUUGAGAAGUCAUUGCUGAUACAAGGCAUAGCUUACUUAGAAUGUGAAGGAGGGGUUUUACAUUUUUUCAGUGCAGCAGAGGACUUUGAGUUUUCUUGGGGAAAGAGGAAGAUUAUUUCCAACCCUAAGGUGUAUGUAAGCUUCCAAAUCCUUGUGGGAGAAAUAGGGUGUGCAAUGAUGCAAAGAAGAGAUCUUGUCUGGGCUGGAUG